AUGUCGAGCCCCGCCGCCGCGCGCCCCGUCGUGACGGUUCUGAGCGCCGAGACCGGCCAGCCGUCCGGCUCGACGUCGAUGCCCGCCGUGUUCACGGCCCCCAUCCGCAACGACCUUGUGCAGAUCGUGCACACGAGCAUGCGCAAGAACCACCGCCAGCCGUACGCCGUUUCGCGCAUGGCCGGCAUGCAGAGUUCCGCCGAGUCGUGGGGCACAGGCCGCGCCGUGUCGCGUAUCCCGCGUGUCCCGGGUGGCGGUACGCAUCGCUCCGGACAGGGUGCGUUCGGAAACAUGUGCCGAGGCGGCCGCAUGUUUGCGCCCACGAGGAUCUGGAGGAAAUGGCACCGUAAGGUCCCUCGCAAGCAGAAGAGGUAUGCCGUGGUUUCGGCGCUCGCUGCUAGUGCGUUGCCGGCGCUCGUGAUGGCGCGCGGCCAUGAAAUUGAUGACGUGCCCGAGGUCCCGCUCGUGAUCGACGGCACCGCUGAAGGGAUGAAGAAGACGGCCAAGGCUGUUACUCUGCUCAAGUCGUUGGGCGCGUACGAUGAUGUCGAACGUGUUAUGGAGACGAGGAAAAUGCGCGCGGGUAAGGGUAAGCUUCGUAACCGUAGGUUCAAGCAGCGUCGUGGGCCGUUGGUUGUGUACGAGAAGGAUGAUGGGAUCGUCAAGGCGUUCAGGAACUUGCCGGGUGUGGACUUGUGCUCGGUUGAUUGCUUGAAUCUGCUGCAGCUUGCCCCCGGUGGACACGUCGGGCGCUUUGUGAUCUGGACUGAGAAGGCGAUUCAGAAGCUGGACUCGAUCUACGGGACCGGCGAAACUGGAUCUUCGAUCAAGAAGAAUUUUGUGCUGCCGAAGAAUAUCAUUUCCAACUCGGAUGUGGCGCGUAUUAUCAACUCGGAUGAGAUCCAGUCCGUGAUCCGACCGAUCGCUGAGAAGAAAACGUGGGUACAGAGGAAGAAGAAUCCGCUCCGUAACACGGAGGUGUUGUUCAAACUCAACCCGUACGCCAGAAUCCAGAAGAAGGAGGUGCAGAAAAAGACCAUAACUGCCUCGGCGGACAAGUCGGCUGGGAAGGCCUUCUACGAACAGAUGAUCGCUAACUAGGCGUCUUGUUGCAGAACCUGGCAUUGCAGAGAAGACCGUCGAUUAAAAUUUGACAGGGUUUUCACCUAUAGAUUUUGUGAUCCUUCAACGGGCCUCCAAUUCGUGAGUCUUUUCUCAACAAUGGUCUUUUCUCCUCACAUAUGGCACCGAUGAUUAAAUGCAAACGUUUGCGGUG